AACAACGUUGGCCUCGCGGGGCCCCGGCGGAUGCGCCCCCCGCCGACUCUCGGGCUACGUCGCCUCGCGGGGAUGAAGCACGGGCCGUGAAGAUGGAGGUGACCUGCCUUCUACUUCUGGCGCUGAUCCCCUUUCAUUGUCGGGGACAAGGAGUCUACGCUCCGGCCCAGGCGCAGAUCGUGCACGCGGGCCAGGCAUGUGUGGUGAAGGAGGACAACGUGAGUGAGCGCGUCUACACCAUCCGGGAAGGGGACACUCUGGUCCUGCAGUGCCUGCUCACCGGGCACCCGCGACCCCAGGUGCGGUGGACCAAGACAGCAGGCAGCGCAUCAGACAAGUUUCAGGAGACGUCAGUGUUCAAUGAGACACUGCGCAUCGAGCGCAUUGCCCGCACUCAGGGCGGCCGCUACUACUGCAAGGCGGAGAACGGCGUGGGCGUGCCGGCCAUCAAGUCCAUCCGCGUGGACGUGCAGUACCUCGAUGAGCCGGUGCUGACCGUGCACCAGACAGUGAGUGACGUGCGGGGCAACUUCUACCAGGAGAAGACGGUGUUCCUGCGCUGCACCGUCAACUCCAAUCCACCCGCCCGCUUCAUCUGGAAGCGGGGCUCUGACACACUGUCCCACAGCCAGGACAACGGGGUCGAUAUCUACGAGCCCCUCUACACCCAGGGAGAGACUAAGGUCCUGAAGCUGAAGAACCUGCGACCCCAAGACUACGCCAGCUACACCUGCCAAGUGUCUGUGCGCAAUGUGUGUGGCAUCCCAGACAAGGCCAUCACCUUCCGGCUCACUAACACCACAGCACCGCCAGCCCUGAAGCUGUCUGUGAACGAAACUCUGGUGGUGAACCCUGGGGAGAACGUGACGGUGCAGUGCCUGCUGACAGGUGGUGAUCCCCCACCCCAGCUACAUUGGUCCCAUGGGCCUGGACCACUGCCCCUAGGUGCCCUGGCCCAGGGGGGCACCCUCAGCAUCCCUUCAGUGCAAGCUCAGGACUCCGGUUACUACAACUGCACAGCCACCAACAACGUGGGCAACCCUGCCAAGAAGACAGUCAACCUACUGGUGCGAUCCAUGAAGAAUGCCACAUUCCAGAUCACUCCUGACAUGAUCAAGGAGAGUGAGAACAUACAGCUGGGCCAGGAUCUGAAGCUGUCAUGCCAUGUGGACGCUGUGCCCCAGGAGAAGGUGACCUACCAGUGGUUCAAGAACGGCAAGCCGGCACGCAUGUCUAAGCGGCUGCUGGUGACUCGCAAUGACCCCGAGUUGCCGGCCGUCACCAGCAGCCUGGAGCUCAUCGACCUGCACUUUAGCGACUAUGGCACCUACCUGUGUCUGGCAUCCUUCCCCGGGGCACCUGUGCCUGACCUCAGCAUGGAGGUCAACAUCUCCUCCGAGACAGUGCCACCCACCAUCAGUGUCCCCAAGGGCAGGGCUGUGGUGACGGUGCGGGAGGGCUCACCCGCGGAGCUGCAAUGUGAGGUGCGGGGCAAGCCACGGCCACCCGUGCUCUGGUCCCGCGUGGACAAGGAGGCUGCCCUGCUACCAUCGGGGCUGGCCCUGGAGGAGACACCCGACGGGAAGCUGCGGCUGGAGCGUGUGACACGAGACAUGAGUGGGACUUACCGCUGCCAGACGGCCCGCUACAACGGCUUCAACGUGCGCUCUCGCGAGGCCCAGGUGCAGCUCAACGUGCAGUUCCCGCCCGAGGUGGAGCCCAGCUCCCAGGACGUGCGCCAGGCGCUGGGCCGUCCGGUGCUCCUGCGCUGCUCCCUGCUGCGAGGUAACCCCCAGCGCAUCGCCUCAGCAGUGUGGCGCUUCAAAGGGCAGCUGCUGCCUCAGCCACCUGUCGUCCCCGCUGCCACCGAGACCUCCGACCACGCCGACCUGCGCCUCGAUGCCCUGACCCGUGACAGCAGCGGCAGCUACGAGUGCAGCGUCUCCAACGACGUGGGCUCCGCUGCUUGCCUCUUCCACGUCUCUGCCAAAGCCUACAGCCCGGAGUUUUACUUCGACACCCCCAACCCCACCCGCAGCCACAAGCUGUCCAAGAACUACUCCUACGUGCUGCAGUGGACACAGAGAGAGCCUGAUGCAGUGGACCCUGUACUCAACUACAGACUCAGUGUCCAGCAGUUGAACCAGAACAGCACCGCUAUCAAGGCCAUCCCUGUGCGGCGAGUAGAGAAGGGGCAGCUGCUGGAGUACAUCCUGGCUGACCUCCAUGUACCCCACAGCUAUGAGGUCCGCCUUACACCUUAUACCACCUUUGGGCCGGGCGACAUGGCUUCCCGCGUCAUCCACUACACGGAGCCCAUCAACUCUCCAAACCUGUCAGACAACACCUGCCACUUUGAGGAUGAGAAGAUCUGCGGCUACACCCAGGAUCUGACUGACAACUUUGACUGGACGCGACAGAAUGCCCUCACCCAGAACCCCAAGCGCUCCCCCAACACUGGCCCCCCCACUGAUAUCAGUGGCACCCCCGAGGGCUACUACAUGUUCAUUGAGACGUCACGGCCCCGAGAGCUGGGGGACCGGGCGCGCCUGGUGAGCCCCCUCUACAAUGCCAGCGCCAAGUUCUACUGUGUCUCCUUCUUCUACCACAUGUAUGGGAAGCAUAUCGGCUCCCUCAACCUCCUGGUGCGGUCCCGCAACAAGGGGGCUCUGGACACACACGCCUGGUCCCUGAGUGGCAAUAAGGGCAAUGUGUGGCAGCAGGCCCAUGUACCCAUCAACCCCAGCGGGCCCUUCCAGAUUAUUUUUGAGGGAGUUCGAGGCUCCGGCUACCUGGGGGAUAUAGCCAUCGAUGACGUCACAUUGAAGAAGGGAGAGUGUCCCCGGAAGCAGAUGGAUCCCAAUAAAGUGGUGGUGAUGCCGGGCAGCACAGCUCCUCGCCAGUGCAGCCCACAGCUGUGGGGGCCUGUGGCCAUCUUCCUCUUGGCGUCGCAGAGAUGAUGAGAGCUGAGUGCUCCCCACCCUGCCCCCGGCACACCAAAGUGUCCACAUCGUACCAAAGACUGAUCCCUGCCAGCCGGGGUGCCCAGGGGCAGGGCCAGCCUGCCAGGGAGGGGGGCCUGCGGCGGCUGCAAGAAUGAGUGGAGAACAAGGACAGGCACCUGGCACCAAGACCCUGAAGACGGUUGUUUGACACAUGCACACUUACACACACUCACACACAUACACACAGAUAUUAAAGCACAAGUUUCUAUCCGAA